AUGGCAUCAUCUUCAUCAUUAUCAUCAAAACGUAGAAAUUUUUUAAAUUCUUCUCAAAGUCGUACAGUAAUUAAUGAUGAUCAUGAAAACCUUCUACAUCGUGCAAUACCGAAACAUAAUUUAGUAUGUUGGUUACGCGAUCGAGAACUUGGUUAUACAAAAUCAAGAAUAAAUCAUUUUAUUGCACGACGUACUAAUAUUUAUCGUGCUAUUCAUCCGUCUUAUUCAAUUUUAAUGUGUACAGUACCACAAGCUGUAUAUAUAAGAAGAUUUUCACCAAAUGGACAAUAUUUGCUUGCUUUUUCACAUGAUCUUGAAUCUUUGAUUGUUUAUAAAUAUAAAGCUAGUUCUGUUGUAACUCAAGGACAUGAUCUUAAUGAAGUAAUGGAAAUUCUCGAAGAUUGUGGUAAUGAUCUACUUAAAAUCGAAGAUAUUCUUCCAUUAUUUCCUGAUUUUGAAACAAUUGAUCAAUUUAAAAAACCAAUUAUUAAAUCAUUAGAACAUUAUAAUGAUCGUUUGAGUGAUCUACGAAAUGAAAUGAAUGAUGCAUCAAAAUCUAUUGAUGAUAUACGCGAUGAUUUAGCUAAAUAUCGUACACGAUGUGUUGCAACAAUUGAUUCAAAUGCAACAUGUUCAUUAUGUGAACAAGCAUUAAUGUUGCAAUCAACAUUUUAUAUAUUUGCUUGUGGCCAUUAUUUUCAUGGUGACUGUUUAUUUACAUAUGUACGACGUUUAAUGAAACGUAAAGAUGAGAAUAAUUUAGAUGAAACAAAUCGUUUACAAACAUCAACUAAAGGUGGACAAAUAAGUGAACAAAAUAAACCAAAACUUGAUAAAUCUUCAAAAAACAGUACGAUCCAAAAAGAUAUUGAUACUGUUAACCGUUUACAAUCAAUAAUCGCUAGUGGAAUAGCACCACCAUCACGUGAUAUGGAAAGUGUACAACAAGAACUUGAUGAUCUAGUUGCUUCACAAUGUGUAUUAUGUGGUGAAACAGCUGUUGAUUAUUUGGAUCAACCACUUGAUGCAAUUUUAUAA